GCCCCCUCUCCGCCUUCCCAGGCUCCUCUUCGGGUAAACAGCGAUGGCUGCGGAUGAAGGAGGAGGCGGAGAACAGGAGAACAACAUGGGGAACCACUUGCAGCUCAUUCCCGCAGAGAGUGAAGAAGAGGAUGACAUUGAAAUGGAAGUCGAAGAUCAAGAUGGCAAGGAGAUUGAAAAGCCAAACACCAUUAAUUUUGAUACUAGUCUGCCAACUUCACACAUGUACUUAGGAUCAGAUAUGGAAGAAUUUCAUGGAAGAACUGUCCAUGACGAUGAUAGUUGUCAAACAAUUCCAGUCUUACCCCACGUGAUGGUUAUGUUGAUUCCUGGACAAACACUGCCUCUUCAGCUCUUCAGUCCCCAAGAGGUUAGCAUGGUGCGGAACUUAAUACAGAAAGACAGAACUUUUGCUGUUCUUGCAUACAGCAAUAUACUUGAAAGGGAAGCACAUUUUGGAACAACAGCUGAAAUUUAUGCCUACAGAGAAGAACAGGAAUAUGGAAUUGAAACAGUCAAAGUAAAAGCAGUGGGAAGACAAAGGUUUAAAGUACUUGAAAUACGAACUCAAGCAGAUGGAAUCCAGCAGGCAAAAGUGCAAAUCCUUCCUGAGCGAGUGCUGCCUUCCACAAUGUCAGCGGUGCAGUUGGAGUCUCACAGUAGAUGCCACCUUUUUCCUUCUUCCAAGCCGGCAGCAUGGCAGGAUCAACAAAUACAUCAAUGGCGGCAGAAAUAUCAAAAGCGCAAAUUCCACUGUGCUAGUUUGACUUCAUGGCCAUCUUGGCUGUAUUCGUUAUAUGACGCUGAAACCUUGAUGGAACGAAUCAAGCUGCAACUGCACGAAUGGGAUGAAAAUCUUAAAGAUGACUCACUCCCAGCAAAUCCUAUAGAUUUUUCAUACAGGGUUGCUGCUUGUUUGCCCAUUGAUGAUGCACUACGAAUUCAACUGCUUAAAAUUGGUAGUGCUGUUCAGCGACUGCGAUGUGAACUAGAUAUUAUGAACAAAUGUACAUCCCUCUGCUGUAAGCAUUGUCAAGAUACCGAAAUAACAACUAAAAAUGAAAUAUUCAGCUUGUCCCUGUGUGGACCUAUGGCUGCAUAUGUUAAUCCUCAUGGAUACGUGCAUGAGACGCUUACUGUGUACAAAGCCUGCAACCUCAAUCUGAAUGGCAGAUCAUCCACAGAGCACAGCUGGUUUCCUGGUUAUGCAUGGACUAUAGCCCAGUGUAGAAUCUGUGGAAGCCACAUGGGAUGGAAGUUUACUGCAACCAAGAAAGAUAUGUCACCUCAAAAAUUCUGGGGAUUGACGCGUUCUGCUCUGCUGCCAAGGAUUCCAGAAAAGGAUAAUGAAUCUGGUCAAGAACGAUCCCUAUUACUUUGCCUGUGAUCUGCUAUUUAUCCUUACUUGAGAUGAACUAGGAACUGUCAGUGUCUCUUAAGAAAUCUGUUAAGUGCUGCAUCUGAUGUCUCAUUAUAUGAAACAUUCAGAAUAUUUGAGCUUUAUGCAGAGAAAAGACACAGUUAUUUCCAAAGGCCUUGAAAUGUUUGAUAUUUUGAAUUGGAACUUUUGGAAGCUGAAGACAGAGACUAGCAAAAAACAGUUGUUUUCAGAUGGACUGGCAAAGACUGAAUCGGGCAGUGAAGAUUACAUCUGAUGUGAUAUAAUGACAGAAGAUGCAUAUUGUUGUUGAGGACAAAAAAAAACUGUUCAGUAGAAAUGAAGACUACGUAAUUCACCUUGUGUAUAAUGAUAUAAUCCAUUGCUCACUGUUUUAAGAUAUUUGCCUGUAGACUGUUGUGACUUUAUAGGAGUUUCUGUUUUCUAACUGUAUGAAAUAGCUUACCGGUAUUAGUGUUUGUUGAAACAAGCCUUAAAAGAAGAGGAGGCCUAAACCUUUUAUAGGGGCUGAUGUGAUGGGGGUAAGACUCCAUGGUCUUGCUGUGAGAGACAAGCACCGAAGCCUGCUGCUAGAAUAAUUAUUAUAUGCAAUCUCUUUGUGAAGAAUCCCUAUAGACCUUUGGUCCUUGUUGAUCAGUUUCCGCUCCACUUGGCAUAUUCUGACUUUUGAACAAAUGGAAACAUAAGUUAUUCAUAGACAUCAACAACGCCCCGGUAAAUUAUGUGAUUUUCUUCAUUAAUAACCUUGCUACUUUCCUUUUAAUCAUAUUCCAAAUCUUUGCACUUAAUCUUCUGAAAUAUUACGUACCAUUUGACCUGACUAGACUCCUUGGCAAUGCUCAGAAUAUUUAUCGUUAAGAGAGUAGCAACCAUCCUGCCGGGUUCUAUAAUUUCCUGUCCUACAUUACAAACUAUGGUGCAAUUAUCACUUGCUCUGUGAACAGAAACUGUUGCUACUUAUUAAAGAGGAAUGUUUUUGCCUGUGUUCUAGAAAGGGAUUGCCAAAAAUAGCAUAAAAGUAUAUUUUCCCCCAUCCUUGUUUUCCCAGAAUGCACUUUGACAAACAAAAAUCUGCAAAUAGCAGACUUCUUUUACAUGUAUGGGUAUAUGUAUUUUUCAGAGUCCAUUUUUCUCACUCCCCAUUUGUUUUGAGUAAAUUGUAGAAAUCUUGUUAUGUGUGGAUAGUUACCUUGCUGAAAUAAAAAAAAUUGCUAAAAUGUUUUAGCAAUUGUGUAAAUACCAGCAUAUUUACCUACCAAGUAAGAAGUGGCUUUUAAAUAACAAGCCCCUGAUUUUCAAAACACUGCUGUGGCUUUUGUUGUUUUUCAUUUGAAAGCUUUAUGCAGACAUUAAGUGGCGUUAGAUACCGAAGGGGAUGUUAGGAACUCUUGAUGUGCUAGAUAGCCAGGAACAGGUAACCCUGUGAAUCAGGUUUAGUUUCUUGAAGACUUCUACCUCUAUGGUACUAUGUUGUUGAUGAUGUUUUUUUUUUUAAAUUCUCACUCACAAUUGGACUAUCUCCUUUUUUUUUGUGCUGCCACUUUGUCUCUGCUCAGCUCUGAAAAGCAAUACUAGCGGAAACCUCAUUUUGAACAAAGUGAGAUAUAAAUCGUUUUAUAUUAGAGAGCAUUUUGGGUUUCUGUUUUUUAUUUCCUCAAAAAGUAAUUUUUGGUAUAAAGUACUGUUGUGAAAGCACAGAAUUGGGGCAGUGGGUUGAAAUUGUAAUAAACUGAUUUAAGAUAGAACAUUCUUUUCCUAACGGAAUACAAUUUUGUGACCUCACUUUUUCAAGGAGCUGGACUCCUCAGACUGCUGAUUUGCUAUGAGACAAGAUUGCAUGAGAAGUUAGUAUGUGGGUAGUGAGAAAUGAAUUUUCGGAAUGUGGUAUAAUGUUAUAAUAUGACUUAAUCCAUACAUGUUAAAGCUGUGUUAUUUAAGAUCUUAUGUGACUUAUGUCUCAACUAGCCCCUAUGAGUGAUGCUAUGUCCUCACCUCUAAUGAUGGAACAGAUCAGGCUCUCCUAUGUUUUCUUACUCCAUUCAUUAAUAACCUGCCAUAGAGAAUGAAGCUUUCUCUCUGGCACGAUGUCAUAUGAAUGAGAAUAUCCUUAAUUCUUUUGUUUUAAAUGCUUAAAUAUUUAGUCAUGCCUUUUAUAUGUACAGAGCACAAUCUGCAUGUCAAGACCUAUUCCUGACUUCGCAGUUCAUUGAGGUGAGAGGAAGAAGCAUUAGACACACCCUUCAUUAAUAUCGUCCAUGUUUUGUUAACUCCCAUUUCGAGUAAAUGGAGGUUGUAUGACACAGUGCUUGAUAAGUUGUUCCCAGGAUAUUUGGCUAGAUUUGUUAUGCAGUUGCCUCGGAAUAAAAUAGAUUCAAUGACGGUGAGCAUGAAACAUGUCUAUUUUUGUAAGGGUGUAAAUGUGUGUAAUCAAUGCAGGAAGAGCUACAAUACAAUUAGGUGAGAUUUGCAAGAACUAAAGGUUUCAUUUGUUGAAUCUUGUUUUUCUGUCUAUGUAAUGAGUUUGAGAUUACCAAACUAUCUAACUCUUGCACUGUCAUUUCAAGUAAUUACAAAAAGAAAUGUAUUCUGUUGUACAAAUAGCUAUUUUGAGUCGCAGUUAAGAAUUCUUUAUGUAAAAGUUACGCUUUAUGAUUCCUGUAUAAAGCCGUUGACAUUU